AUGAGCGCACCCUUAGAACAGAACGGCUCAGGCCUAUUCAGCCUACCAUGGGAAAUCAGAGAGAAAAUCUACGAGUACUACCUCUCAUUCGACCACGACGACUUUGGCGACACAGUCCGGCCGCUGCACGUCUACUUCGAGCAAGGGGAAUACAAGAAACCCUUACCGCCGCUCAUGUUAACCUGCAAGCGCGUCUACCGCGAACUCCACCAGCCCGUCCACGCCGACGCCAUCAUGCGCGUGCACUCCCACGGCUACGGCGACCGGCGCAUCGGCUUCGCCGUCCACGGGACCCUGCGCUUUGAGCGCCUGCGGCGGCUGUACGUCCUCAUCGCCAUGGAGUAUCCCAACUGGAAUCGGUGGCUGGCCAUCUUCGCCGAAGUAGCGCGGCGGGCGGAGGGUUUGGCGGAGCUUGUUGUUGAUUGGGAGCCGAGGCCGGGGCCGCCGAACCCGAAAGUGUGGGAGGCCAAGUUGACGGAGAAGAAGCAUGAUGAGUUCUUUGGGGUGUUGGCCGCGUUGAAAGGGUUGGAGGUUAGUAUUCGCAUCGUUGCUGCUGGAGAGGAUUCUCUUCCUCACAGCGUGCGUGUCUGCUACGAGGACGCAGAGGGCCGAGUUGUACCUUACCCUGCUUCCAACUAUCGCAUCAUUACCGAGGAGACCCACCACCGUGAGAUGAUGUUCAACAGACACAUCGUCAGCUACUUCCAGCUCUGCAUCAACGUCAUAAUGGCCUACUUUUUCGGCUUCCUGGUCUGCUACGGCAUGCUCAGCAUCAUCCGCCCUUGCUCUGCUCACGGAACCGUCAACCCGGCCUUCGAGGUCGCCGCUCGCCAGGAGUACUCCCUCGACAACACCAUGAAUCUUGCUCACUGCAACAUCCAGCUCGAGAAGCGCGGCUACAUUGACGAGGCUGCCUUUCGCCGAGCUCAGCUUGCUAACUCCCUUCGUCAUGCGGGCAUUACCAUGCGUGACAUCGACUCUGUUCUCAGCACCGACCAUGAGAUCACUGAUGACAGCGUCAACUGGCACACUCCCGAUGCUGACAUCUUCGCCACUCGUGAUGAUGGUUGCGUUCUCAGCAUCGAGACUACUGAGGGUCCUUUCUACGUCGAGGGAGAGCUCGACCGCUUCGACCUGACCGAUGGCCAGUCUGGCAUUCCCAUGUACCUCGACCUCCAGAUCAUCGACACCGAGACCUGUCAGCCCGUUCCCGACAUCUGGGUUGAAGUCUGGCACACCAACUCCACCGGCAUCUACUCCGGCGUCGUCUCCAAGGCCAACGGCGCAGGCGAAGCUGACCCCUCCAACGCAGACAAGACAUUCCACCGCGGCCUCCGCAAGACCAACGCCAAUGGCGCCGUCUGGUUCGGCACCAACCUGCCCGGCCACUACUCCGGCCGCACCCCACACAUCCACAUUAUGACCCACGUCCCGGGCACCGAGCGCCUCGCCAACGGCACCAUCCAGGACAACGUCGCUACCCACGCGGGCCAGCUCUUCCUCGACCAGAAGCUCGUCGAUACCUUCCGCAAGCACGAGCGCUAUGCCGCCAACGAGCAGACGUUCAUCGAGAACAAGCAGGAUUACUAUUUCCGUCAGGAGGCGAACUUUACGGAUCCUGUGAUGAGCUAUGUUCUGCUUGAUCAUGAGGAUCGUGAUAUCGAGAAGGGUGUUAUGGCUUGGAAGCUUGUGGGUGUGAACAUGACCAAUGUUCGCGAGAUCCACGUGGCUCAUCAGUUGGAGGGUUAG